AUGGGUCGUGCCGGAGCCACGAGUGACGGCGUCGUCCUGGGGACUGUGCUUGUCCUGCUGCUGGCCGCUGGGGCUGUCUGGUGGGCCCUUGGCCACCGGCACCCACCGAGCCGGCGGGCACGGACGGCAAAGAGGAGCGAGCGCCCCGGGGUCCGGCCCCGAGGCUCACGGAGGAACCGAGGAGCCCCUGUGGCUCCCAGGGCCCCAAGGCCUCGGGCGACUCGGCGCAAGCGGCCACGUGCUCCCGCCAGCCCCCUGGGCAGGCCCUGCAGCUGCGGCCCCUGCGUGGCUCUGGCCCAGGAGCUGCAGGAGCUGAUGCGGCUGCUCCGGCAUCCCAGAGGGACACGUGCGCCGCUCUACUCGGGGAUGUGGCAGGCGCUGUGGAAACAACUGGAGGAGCUGGUGAAGCGAGGCCACCUGCCCUGCUGUGGCCCCUCCAGCUCCUCCCGAAGCCUCCAUCCCUUCAAGAGGCUGCUCCCAGCAAGAUUCUCCAUCGCUGGGAGAGCCUCAAGGCCUGCAAGGAUGGCACAGCAGGGGAGAGCCAUCCGUGCAGGAACAUCAGGCUGUCAGAGACCCUGCAUCCUGCCAGGAGCCUCUGCUAUCUCUGACAGCCUCCAUCCCUCGCAGAGGCUCACUGAGACCUGUCAGCCUGCAGAAGAUGCAGGGCCCGUGGACAGGUCUCCCAGCUCCCUUGGACGCACGGGCUUCAACAACGCGGGCGCACCCCUGACCCCUGACGUGGCCAGGGAAAGCCCAGAGGUCCAAACGGGAGCCCAGCCCGAUCCAGGGGAGCCUUCUUGGGAGAAGCUGGCCAAGCAGCAAGCGUCCUGGAGCCAGCAGUGGUCAUCCCACAGCUGCCAGGACGCUGUGCCGCUUGUGCCAGCUGGAGAAAGCCCGAGCCUGGUGGUGGAGACCAGCCUGGAUACAUCAAGGAGGCUCCUCCAUCUCCAGGAAGCUGUCCCAAGACAGCCCUCGACUGCCACGAAGGGCUCUCCAAUAGCAGCUGCUCCUGGCACCCCCCUGGGUGAAGAAGCCUCGGGCUGCAGCCCCGGCCAUGGUCAAUGGCAGAGUCCAGCCCACGAGGCCGGGGCCAGUGACGGUGCCGCCGUGCCCCGCUGCCCCGGGGCUCCUGCAGCCGCCUGUGCGCGCUGCCCAGGCCCGGCUCUGCCGCUCGCCAGCCCGGCGGCUGCGGAGCAGGGGCCGCUGCCCGGCGCGCAGCAGGGAGCAGGGCAAAGGAAGGAGCUGCAGGAGCUGUACCAGCUGGGCCCGCAGCUGGGCAGCGGUGGCUUUGGCACCGUUUUCUCGGGCAUCCGCCUCUCCGACGGGAGACCGGUGGCCAUCAAACGCGUGUCCCGGGAGAGCGUCCUGCAGUGGGACGAGCUGCCCGACGGCACCCGCGUGCCCAUGGAGGUCGUGCUGAUGGAGAAGGUGGGCUCCAGCUGCUACAACAUCAUCCAGCUCCUCGACUGGUUCGAGCUGCCUGACAGCUUCGUGCUGGUGCUGGAGCGUCCGGAGGCAUGGCAGGAUCUCCUGCAGCUCCUGCUGGAGCAGGAGUUCCUGUGCGAGGAGAUGGCGCGCUGGCUUUUCGUCCAGGUGCUGGAGGCCGUGCGGCACUGCACCGCCUGCGGCGUCCUGCACCGGGACAUCAAGCCGGCGAACCUCCUCGUGGACCCGGAGAGCGGCGACCUGAAGCUCAUCGACUUCGGUUGUGGCACCUUCCUCCAGGAGCGGGCCUACACGCGCUUUGCCGGAACGCACGCCUACAGCCCGCCCGAGUGGGUCUGCCUUGGCUGCUACGACGGCCAUGAAGCCACCGUUUGGUCCCUGGGCGUGCUGCUGUACGUCAUGGUCUGCGGGAGACUCCCCUUUGAGGACGACCAUGCCAUCCUGCUGGGGCAGCCCUUCUUCUGGCAGCAGGUCUCUCCAGAGUGCCAGCAUCUGAUCCGCUGGUGCUUGACCAAGCACCCCGCUUACAGGCCACAGCUGGAGGAGAUCUUGCGCCACCCUUGGGUGCAGGGCAGGCGCUUUUGACACCUUGCUGGAGCCCCUGCUGCACCCACGUACAGAAUCCCACACAGGACUGAGGACCCGAGAAAUAAAACAACAACAAACCCAUUGCAGCUAGUCAAGUCUGGUCCUUGUCAGCAACUUCAGCUAAAGAAACCUCUUGGGAAAAGGGGAGAUCUGAGUGCUCCCCUCAGCCUUUGUCAAGCUUUCCAUGCCUUUCCUCCAGGAUGCUCCUUUUGUGUCUCCAAGCGCAGGCUGUAGUGCGGGUAGGAGGGGCUUGACACAGCCAAGAAAUGCAACAGUGAAACAACAGCUGCCCUUUGAAAGUGACAGGGGCUUCUUGGUGUGUCUCCUGAAGUGACACACUGUCUCUGUGUGCAUUGCAAGGGCCGGCUGGUGUCAGGGACAGAGACGUCUCCUCUCCAAAGCUCUGUGAAGAACCAGAAGCAGCAGAACGUCAUUUCAGGUUGAGCCCUGAUGAACUCUUCCUCUUUCUUUCCCUCUCAUCGGCAGCAGGCAAAUGCGCACCAGGCCUCGUGGCUCAUGCCAGAGCCUUCUUCCUCCCCAGGAAGCCUCCUCCCAGUAAGGGAGGAGCCCCCACAGCCCAGGACUCUCCAGCUCAGCCCCCCUUGAGCCAGGCCGCCGUCUGAGCCCCAGGUGCCCUGGGCCAAGCGGGGAUUGGGGGCCCUCUUGGCCACAGCUGCCACAAAUGAAUGGAGGCUCAAACCUCUGACAAGAGGAAAAGGGCCAGCAAAGCCUCAGCUCGAAGCAUGAAGAGAGCAGACUUCAGGCUGCUCAGGGAACUGCUAAGCAAGGUCCCUGGGGAAAAUGGUUUUGAAGGUGCUGGGGUCCAUCAGUGCUGGUCGCUUUGGUAACAUCACCUCCUAAGGACACAGAGCAGGUGAUGCCCAAAUGUCAGAAGCCGAGCAGGUGAGGCAUGAGACUGGCUUGCCUGGACAGGCAUCGUCUCUGGGAAAGGGGAUGGAAAAGGAAGCUUUGUGCCCUGUGAAUCCAGGUCAGGAGAAGAAUACACAGAUGCCUCUAACCAGUGCAGGGAGAAAUUUGGUGUUGUGAAAGCUCAGCGGCAGAUGAAGGUGGCCGGAAAUGCAGGGCACGAUAAAAAGAGUGGUUUUAAAUACAUUAAUGGAGAAAAAACCCCGUUGUAGAAAUAACCUUGAAAUAAAUGUUCCCUUCCAGAAUAUGGAUGGUCACCUCCCAAUCAAGGACACAGACGUGGCAAAGGAAUUUAGGGUGCGUUUGUUGCCUCUGUCUUUGACGUUCAUCCCUCCCUUCCCAGUGGGAAACAUUGCACUGGUGUACCAAGGGACACUGCAAAGUCCUUGAAGAGGGCAAGCCCUGCUCAGCAGAAAGCAAAGCACCUCUGUUUGGAGCACAGCAUUCCUUUCCAUCCAAACCCAACACGUGCCAGCUACUGUGAAGAAAGAAACUGAAUCCCAGUCCAAGCUAGAGCAGUGGGAGCACAGUGAGCGUUCCUUGCAAAUCCCGAUUUAUUUA